GAAUCAAAUCAUCCAGCCCACCCUCACAAACACAUGUGCAUUAGUCUACCCGCUGUGUUCGAGCUGAUAUACCAUAACAGUAACUGCUCUGAACUUUAAGAGCCAGUUUUUCAAAAUGACUCACACAAUUCGCCUCUUCAUCCUGUCUUUUGUGCUGUCUUCUCUGCCUUGGUCUGGAAGAGCUGUUACCUCAAAUGCUCUUGACCCCUUGCCUGUAGUUGCUUCUGCAAAUGAAGGUCCUGCUAUCAUCAACAAUGAUGCAAGGACUCCCAUCAUCAACAUCUCCAAGAGACCCGCUCUUCAGCCCAAAGAGAGUGCUCCACCUCAGUUCACAUACACCUUGAGGAACCCUCAAGGCAAAUUGUGUUUGCGGGCCAGUCUGGGAGUGGAGUAUAUCGUGAGAGAGAACAAAAAAAAGUAUUAUUUCAACUUAAAUCCCAGUUCAACACGAGCCACAGGAUACUGUGGGAAUAUAAGAUCUGUGCUCUCAUUGGAAUUUCAUGGUGGAAGUCUAGAGUUCACCUUUAUCAAGGACGGGGGUGUCUCUUAUGUGAAGACUAUGAAAGGUCUUCUGAAUCCUGCUCCUCCUUGCAAAAAUUGCCAAAAUAAAACCUAUGUUGGAGUGGUGGAUCAUGAAAAGCUAUUCAAAGCUGAUAAUGGCCUGAGCUUCAAGUGCAAGUCUGACAUGACUCUAAUACUGGCAGACUUCUUCAGAGUUAAACUGGUGCCUCUGCAGAUACAAGCCUUUGACCUAUCUAAUGGAGCAUUUGGAAAAGAGGUUGAGUGCUGGGCGGAUUUCAACAAACGGAUGAUCCCCAUUAUUUUGGGAGCUGUAGCUGCAGCAAUUUGCCUCAUCGCAAUUCUCACUUUCUUACUCAUCCGUGAACGCCGUGGGCAGGGCUACGAACAACUCUGAGACUCUAGAUGUGUAUUAUACAGAGGAAUAAAGUGAUUUAAUAAUGAUAUUAUUGUCUGAUUAUUGGUUUAGAUACACUUUUAAAUAAGGAUCUCAGUAAAUCAUUAAAAUGUGGUUG